GCUGAUUAAAAGUGGAUGAGAGUUGACUCACAGACAAAUUGGAGAUGUUUGCAGGUUUCAGUUGGCAACACUAUCAGCAAGUGACAGUCCGGUCAAAUAAGUACAACCAUGACUUUAAAUGACCGCGAUAGAGAAGAUGAAGGAUCAAUGUAGCCUGAUGUGAUUGCAAAGUGGAGCAUUCUACAAACCUUUACCGAAAGCCAGGAGACUGGCAGUUUAAUCUGCAGCCUGAAGCAUAUCAGUGAGGAUUUGACUGCAUUGGAGGUGGCAAUUCAUUGGCAUGUAUGCAUUUCUCUUUAACCGGAUUUGUUCCUUGAAAUAGUAUGAGACAGAAGUCUUCACCAGCCCUGGCUCAUUUAGGAUUUAAAUUUCUGUAUAUCAUCUCAAAGGUGCGUUGUAGCAAAUGUUUUCUGAGACUCUUUCCUCGUGAAGUUGCCGAUUUACAGCCUGUGUUGGAUCUCCUCUGCCUGCAAGAUCUAAACGUCUGUGAGGUUUGUUGUCCUCCCUGAUGUCAAGCAGAAGAUGCUGGCAGACUUCUGGCACUGGAACCUCUCCACUCUGUCUCAGGCUUCCUACUAGACCAUGGAGGGGACGGCAUGCUGCAGUCUCUGGUAUCAACGUGGGAGCAGGUCUUUGGCUGCCAACCUUUCGAUCUCCACUCGGGCUCAUCCACAUAUAGUGGCACAAAACACAGAACUGACAGACAAAGAAGAGGAGGAGGGAUAUGACAUCCCAGAAGAGAUGGAGAAGGUCAUAGAACAAUUGCAGUUUGGAUUGAAAGAUAACACCAUUGUCAGAUGGUCUGCAACAAAAGGCAUUGGCAGGGUGACCGGUAGACAUCCUAAAGACUUGGCAGAUGACAUGGUUGGCUCAGUGCUGGUCUGCUUUAGCUUCAAGGAGAUGGACGAUGCCUAGCAUGGGGGCUGCGUGGCACUGGCAGAACUGGGAAGGAGAAGCUUUCUGCUUCCAUCCAGACUCCCAGAUGUGGUCCCUGUAAAGGCUCUGACCUAUGACGAGAAGUGGGGUGGUUGCAGUAUGGGCUCCAGUGUCUGAUACUCUUCAUGCUAUGUGUGAUGGGCCUUUGCUCUUGCCUACGACCCAUGAAACUCCAGCCGUUUGUCAGUCCCAUUGCCUGUGUCCUGGUGGUAGCUGCUGUGUCUAACCGGGAUGCCAAUUGCAGGAGAGCUGCUUCUGCUGCCUUCCAGGAGAAUGUUGGGAGACAGGGUACAUUCCCACAUGGCAUCGAAAUUCUCACCACAGCGGACUACUUCACUGCUGGAAACCGGACAAACUUAAACAUAAGUGUGUAUAUUGCCAGUUUCCCAGAGUACACCAAGCCUAUGAUAGACCAUCUAGUAAACAUGAAGAUAAACCACUGGGAUGGUUGCAGCCGAAUGCUGUGCUGCCUGGCUCAGCAGUUCGAUGAGAAGAUUGAGACGUAUCGGGCUCACGCUGGCUUCACGUUCCUGCAAAUCCUUCACUUCAAUAACCUAGUAGUACCUCACAUCUCCCACCGGGAGGAGCUCUUGAGGAUCUUUCCCAGCUCGGAAGCAAAGACGUUAAACUGGAAAUCCCCAUCUCCAGGAUUUUCCUCGUAUCACUCAGCUGCUGGGAAUGCCUGCUUACCAGUACCACACCCUGCUGGGGCUGUCCGUCCCUGCGACAGGACAGACAGAGUCUAUGGAUUGAUUCUCAGCCCAGUCCCUCUUGAUUAUUUUAAGACGAUACAACAGGACACGACUGCCAUGAACAAUUUUGGGUCCACUUUGCUGCAGAUCUUCAGGGAUAAUGAGCGGAAUGACAGGGUCACCAUCCCACUGCUGAAGAUGAUUAAUCAGAUGCUGCCCAAUGGAUGCUUUGAUAACUUUGCAAAAGAAGAAAAUCAUCAGUUUGGCAUGGACUUGCUUGCUCUUUGCAAAGAAGAAAUCAGGAAGUCCAAAGGCACCCAGAAGCUUCGAUCCAGCAUUGCUGUCUUUUGCAACUUGAUUCUGUUCCAAGGGAACAUCCGGAAGAAGGUUCAGUUGCAACUUUUGCUGAUGCUCUGUCACCCGUUCCCUGUUAUGAAUAUCCAGGCACAAAAUACAUUAAAAUAUGGAAAACAUUAUGCAUCUCAAAGAAGUAUUGAAUGUGCUACAUGUGUGUUUUCUGUAGCCAGCAUUACUCACUGUGCCCCCUAUAGUAAAAACACCUAUAGUACAAAGAAGAGUGUCAGAGCUAUAUUUGUUCAUGUCCCUAUGGUAAACGUAUCAGAAUUAAAGCUAAUGUAAAUGGGUUAGCAUUUUAUUAUUGGAUAUCUGUUAUAUAUCUCUAAAUAGCUGCACUGGCACCUAAAGAGGAAAAAGCUACAAAACCCUUAGCUAACUAAAUCACACCAUAGACAAUAACAUACACACAUUUUUUUUGAAGUUUGUGGUGUUUUUGACCUUGGGUAGCAUCAGUAAAGUACAUGACACAUGUCUAACCAAAGUUCUGACCCUGUCAUUACCCCACCCGAUUUCUAUCUGCAGCUAUGAUUUACAGUAUGGCCAGGUGAAGUGGUGUCAUAUUGUAAAUCGCACUCAGGUGAUCAUCAUAAGCCAAUAACUAGAAUUGAUUUAGUGCAUUUUCAUCCAAUAAAAAAAAUCCCUAAAUAUUCCCGGAGGCAUUAACAGCUUUGUAGAAUAUAAGCCCUGUAUUGUUUUAUUGUCCAUGACCAAUGAGGCAGCUGUUAACUGGGUCAUGUGGAAACUGGAAGCUGGCCAGCUUUUAUUCAUCCAGCAAAAAUCUGCAAUCAGAAAGCCAAUGAGUCAGUAAAUUGAGGAAUCCAUACAGGCAGGGGGUGGUGUUCAAGAUAUGCUCUUGUGUGAGUAAUGGCAGGCCUGGGUUGCAUUUUGAUUGUUUUUGGCUUCUUUGGUAGGCACCCUAGUUUUGAACCGUUAGCUUAUUGGUUAGCUGCAUUGUUUAGACGCGGAGCAAGGAGUCUGGACAUGAUGCAUUCACGUUCUUGAUGUUUCGGGAUUGAACUAUAAUUAAAUUUUCUCCCUAGGUAGUAGUUUUUUCUCUCACACUGGAAGUAAAGUAGUACUCCGAUGCCUAGUUUAAUUACGUGGCUCUUUACCGCCCCCCCCACUCCCACCCCAACAUCUUACUCUGUUUGUCUACAGCAAGACAAAGGAACAUCUCUAGCCGUGGCCUUGAUGCACUUUGCUUUAAAUGACUGAUAUAAACGCUGAUAAUACGAUUAUCUGUAAUAAUUGUUCAGUACAUUAUGUAGUUGAGACUAAACAAAUUAUACAUAGUAUCACAACAGUCAAUUAUUGUUCCAGCCUUAGACAGAGGUGUAGCUUACCAAAACUUACUGCCCUGUGGAAUAUUUGUUUAAAGAUUUUCUGAUGCGAUAACAUUAUAUAUUACAUACAAGUAUCUAG